CUUAUCGAUUUUUUGAAAGAGCAGAACCUCAAACUCGAUGAGGUGGGCCCGCAAUAAAACUUGCCAAAGAAAUUAAGGCCCUCAAAGAAAAGCCGAAGCGUGCGUUCUCCUCGUACCGCAGUUUGAGUGAGGUAUUGGCAAAAUAUGACAUCGAUGGUAACGGUAUAGGCACUAUUCGUCAAUUUCCGCCGGCAACCUACAAACUCGAUGAUGGUGAUGAGGAGUUGGUGCAGUGUAUAAAGGAAAUAAAGCGUAGGUUGGGAAAUAUGGGAACCUUACUUGCUGAUAGCAACGAAGCUAUGCGCUGUGAAUAUAUUUCAACCAUCCUCCACGCCUCGCUAUAUAUCGUCAAAAGAAUAAUAUCUGAUAAAGAGCUUACCUUGGUUCCUCAGCUCGAAGUCGUUGGUGAAGAAAGUACUGGCCGGGUUGACUAUGCAAUCAAGACCCUCGAGGAGCUUAUUUGUAUAACGGAAGGGAAGUUACAUCAAGUAACCAUGGGCUUUGCCCAGAAUUUGGUCCAAUGUGAGAGCGCCCUUCAAGUUAAUAAAAAGAAUAGGAAACGUAAAUCAGGCGAUGCGUUUGGGGAAGACUUCGACUAUAUAUACGGCAUCGUUACAACAGCCUCAGAUUGGUAUUUUAUUCUUUUCGCAUCGGAUGGAAUAUCAAGCACGAGCAAGGACCCUAUCAAUAUCCGAUUUACCGAGUCUGCCUUGAAGGAAGGAUCGGAGGAAGAAAAAGAUUUGCGUAAAAAUGUGAAGCAGGUUAUGGAGGUCAUCGUUGGGUUGCUGAAGGAUAGGCUGGAGUGCGUGGAUGAAGAACCGGAUAGGAAGAGGGUUAGGGUAGAGGGUUAUCGUUCGAAAAAAUAAUCAUGUAUAAUAACAUAGACGUCA